AUGGUCCGAAACAAGAAGCUCUUACCCCUGGGCGUACCGGCAGCCAGCUCCCCACGCAAACACAAGGACACACUGGACUAUUUUGUGUCCUCGCAACCCGAGCACCGGACCGCCAGUGUUGCAGACAAGAUGGCGCCGGGCUCCCCGAGCGCGGGAAGCGCGGGAACCAGCGCAGAGAGGGAGAACAGGGAGGACACACUCACCUUAAUCCGCCAGGAACUGGCUGCCAUCUCGGACCGCAUGCUGUCCAAGACAGACACCGGGGGCCUCAUCCAGGAACUCCGAGCGGCAGUGAGGGAGGAGCUGGCGGCCUUGCGCACAGAUCUAACCGUGGUGGAGGUACGUGUGGACGCCCUAGAGACAGAAGCGCAGACCUGCCAAAUGCAGCACAGAGCCACAGAGCUGGCCACUACACGCCAGGGCAAUCUCCUCCUCACGCUAUGCCUCCAGGUAGAAGACCUGGAGAAUCAUAGCCGCUGGCACAACAUACGAAUCCGGGGCUUACGGGAGCCAGACUCCACACCGCUCACGGACACAGUCCGGGCCAUCUUUGCGCAAAUUCUGGGCAGGGAGUCCUCUGCAGACAUCCAACUGGAUAGAGUGCAACAGGCCCUGGGUCCCCAACGCCAAGACGGGAGACCCAGAGAUGUCCUCUGCUGCCUGCAUGCCUACAGCUUGAAGGAGGCCCUGAUGUCCGCCACCAGAGGAGUGGAUAUGAUUAACUUUAUGGGCGCUCUAUCAAGAUCUCUCCAGCCUGACCCUGGACGCACGGAGGGCUCUCCGACCCCUGACUACUAUCCUCCGAGACAGGCACAUUACAUACCGCUGGGGGUUCCCUUUCAGCCUGCAAAUCAAGCACGGCAACUCCAGGCUCCACAUCCACUGGCUAGACGACAUGACCCCGGCACUGAGGGUCCUUCGUAUUCCACCUCUCCGCAUACGGAAUUGGCUGCUGGAGUCACCGUUGGCACAGAGGAGCCACCAAGAGGACCCAGACCCACAUACCGCGAGACCCCCGAUGAGUGA